CGCUCCCGGGCUCUCCCCGUGACCGCCUGGCUCGGUACCGUGGAGUCACCAGGGGGCACGCACAUAGUCCUAAUGAUAAUAAUAAUAAUGAGAAGAAGAAUGCUUAAGGAGAGAGUCUCCGCGGCUCCACUGCGCUCCGAACGCCUCCCCGGCUCGGCGUGAUGGAGCAGCGCGCCUAGCUCCAUGUGUCCGGCGGGACUGCCCCUGCCCCUGUGUGUGUUUUCUGGGGAAGAUCAUAUUGGAUCAUAUUGUUGGCAGGACGUUGUUCCUCCUGCAGCCCCCCCACCCCCCAGUCUAUCCCGACGUAGUUGUGAAUUGAACAUGGCGACUGUACCAGUAUAUUGCAUCUGCAGAUUACCUUACGACGUGACCCAGUUUAUGAUCGAGUGCGAUGCCUGUAAGGACUGGUUCCACGGCAGCUGUGUUGGGGUGGAUGAAGAUGACGCUCCAGAUAUUGACAUUUACCACUGCCCAAACUGCGAGAAAGCCCACGGCAAAUCCACCUUAAAAAAGAAAAAGAACUGGAGUAAACAUGACACAGGGCAAAGCACAGACAUCAAAGCUGUUCAGAAUGGCAGUCAAGUCUUCAUCAAGGAGCUUCGCAGCCGAACCUUUCCCAGUGCUGAUGACAUUGUGGUGAAACUGAGCGGCAGUCAGCUGAACAUGGAAUACCUGGAGGAGAAUGGCUUCAAUGAACCGAUCCUGGUCCAGAAGAAGGACGGUCUGGGCGUGUCCAUGCCUGCUCCGACCUUCUACAUCAGCGAUGUGGAGAACUAUGUUGGUCCUGAUGUCAGUGUUGACGUAGUCGACGUCACUAAACAGACGGACAGCCAGAUGAAGCUAAAGGAGUUUGUAGAUUAUUAUUACAGCACAAACAGGAAGAAAGUGUUAAACGUCAUCAACCUGGAAUUCUCCGACUCAAGAAUGAACUCUAUAGUGGAGAGUCCACACAUCGUAAGGCGGUUGUCCUGGGUGGAAAACUACUGGCCAGAUGACGCUUUGUUGGGAAAACCAAAAGUCACCAAAUACUGUCUGAUCUGCGUGAAAGACAGCUACACCGAUUUCCACAUCGAAUGUGGUGGAGCAUCUGUCUGGUACCAUGUCCUGAAGGGAGAAAAGAUCUUUUUCCUCAUCAAACCCACCUCGGCCAACCUGUCUCUUUAUGAGCGCUGGAGGUCAUCGUCCAAUCACAGUGAGAUGUUCUUUGCCGACCAGGUGGACAAAUGUUACAAAUGCACACUGAAGCAAGGCCACACCCUGUUCAUCCCCUCAGGAUGGAUCAAUGCAAUACUCACUCCAGUUGACUGCCUGGCAUUCUCUGGACACUUUGUCCAUAAUCUGAGUGUGGAGAUGCAGAUGAGAGCGUAUGAAAUUGAGAAGCGGCUAAAGGUCAAGACUCUGAACCCUUUCCCCAAUUUUGAGACGGCCUGCUGGUAUGUUGGACGGCACUUCCUCGAGCGAUUCAAAAGUUUACAUAAAGCAAAUAAGCAACCGGCUCCAUAUCUGAUACAUGGUGCCAAAAUCAUCAACGGAGCGUUCAGAGCCUGGACUAAAAAACAGGCUCUACUGGAACAUGAAGAUGAGCUUCCAGAGAACAUGAAACCAUCACAACUCAUUAAGGAUCUUGCCAAAGAGAUCAGACUGUCAGAGAAUGCAACAAAAACCAUCAAGAGCGAGCCGAGUACCAAGGCUCCUGUAGAGGAACCUCCAUCCACCCAUUCUGAGCCAGAGGAACCCGUGUCCCCGGCCCACAUUCCAUCACCCAGCGGAGAAAGGGCCAGGAAGAAAGUCUUCAAACCCCCGAAGAUCCCCAAGGCAGCCAAGCCUCCUAAGGUACCGAAAGUCAAAGAAGGAGAAAAGAAGAAAGCAAAGAAGACCAAGGAGCCCUCACCACCUCCAAAACCCUCCAGUUUCGCCGCUCUUGAGUCACAUGCCAAGGACAUCUUGAGUAAAAUGGACCAACACAAAAAGACAAAGGUUGUUAAAACGGUCCUGAGUCCACCAGAGAAGGACGUGUCCAAGCAGAACAACGUGGACAAGUUUGACAUGAGAGAACAGAACAAAAACAAGACUGAAGCAAAGUGGAAGUAUAAGAACAGUAAGCCUGAUUCCUUGCUGAAAAUGGAAGAAGAGUGUAAAUUUGACAGAACACCACUGUCAGGCAAUAAAGACAGAUUCAGCUUCACCAUGUCUCACCGGAAAAUGCUCAGCUCCAAGGUCCUGAAGCCUCAGACCAACUCCAGUGUUUUUGGAUCAUUACAAAACCUAAAAGAUGACAAAACCAAGCCGGUGAGGGAUGAAUACGAAUAUGUCUCAGAUGAAGGAGAGCUGAAGAUCGACGAAUUUCCCAUCAGGCGGAAAAAAAACAUGGUUAAGAGAGAUCUACCCUUUUUAUCAGAUAUUAGAGAACCUCUGCAACCCGCCAAAAAGCCGAAGUUCCAACCCUUGGUGACCAAGAGCAUGGAUUCUUCAGAUGAAGAGACCUUACACAUCGACACAGAGGCCCGGCCUGAGGUCAAGAGUCGGAACUCUAAGGUGAAGAAGAAGAGUGGAAGUGCAGCAGGGAUCCUGGACCUGCUUCAGGCCAGCAAGCAGGUGGGGGGGAUCGACUACAGCACCAACAGUCAGCCACCUGCGUCUCCCAGCACACAGGAGGCCAUUCAGGGCAUGCUGUCCAUGGCCAACCUGUCAUCUUCAGAGAGCCUUCAGCAGCCGUGGAGCCACAACCAGUCCAAAAACAACUCACACAGCUCACAAGUCUGCAGAAAGGCAGGUGGAGGUGGCGGCAGUAAACGGGCGACCAAACGCCUCCCGAAGAAGCCCAGGAAGAGCAGCAGCAUUGAGAGUCUGGAUUAUGAUGACGAUGAGCAGGAUCACAUGGAUGCCUGCUUCAAAGACUCUGAUUAUGUUUACCCUUCGCUGGAGUCAGAAGAGGAUAAUCCUGUUUUCAAAUCCAGAUCCAAAAAGCGGAAAAGCAGUGACGACACCCCCUACAGCCCCACAGCGCGUGUUGGGCCUUCAGUUCCGCGGCAGGAGCGACCGGCGCGAGACGGCGCCCGCGUGGCCUCCAUAGAGACAGGCUUAGCUGCAGCGGCAGCUAAACUCUCUCACCAGGAGGAGCAGCAGAAAACCAAGAAGAAAAAGAAAAGCACCAAAAAGAAGGCUUUAGCUACAGAGGAGCUGUCCAAACUCUCCCAGGACAGCAGCUCUCCAGAUCACAACGUGGACUCCCAGGACGGCAGCCUGAUGGACCACGAGUUCAGCACUGGAACCAUCAAGUUUGUGGGAGGGGCACAACCCAUGGCCCCUGGGAUCUUCCUCAACCAGCGGCGGCCCUCUGCGUCCUCUCCCAACAACAGCACCAACUGCACCAGCACCAACAGCAGCGGUGUGGUGAAGGGGGACCGCACGGCGCCAGCAGACCCCAAAGCGAAGCGGCUAAAGAAAGGCAUGGCAACGGCCAAACAGAGACUCGGCAAGAUAUUAAAGAUCCAUCGAAACGGAAAGCUGCUCCUGUAGCGCCACAGAGACUGGGCAAGGACCGGGAAUUCAGGAGCUGGGUCUCAUCGCCAACUCCUGAUGGGAGGAGCAGAAACAUGCAUUUUUCAAUUUCUAAGAAGAACAUUGGUCAAAUAGGUUUUUUUGCCUCUUCUUAGACUUUAUAACGUUCAGAUAUUAAAAUGUACAGAAGCUAUUAUAAAUAUUUUUUAAGAGAACACCUCAUUUUACUACAGCUGCCAUUUUACGGGGGGUGGUAACAUUGCAGUCAUUCCAAGACCUGUGAAAGUAUCCCUUGCAUGUAUUUAGUUGCAUGUGUGCUUGGGUGGGGGGUGUUAAUACUUAUGAGUGCAGCUUAUCAUGCCACACUGAGAUGACGGAAAUCUCCACGGGCCUUUUCUGAUUCAGGAUUCUCUGAGAAUUGUUUCAAUCGGCAUCAACUCCAGCAUUUAGCCUUCACCGGAGCAGGUGUUUAUUUAUUAUAAGGUAGGAAAUCAAGAAGCAGUGGAAAGCACAAAGCCCAUCUUUCACCUGACACACACACACACACACACCUGUCUGUCUUUCUACCUUAGUGAGGACCCUCCAUUGAUUUCCAUUAAUUUGUGUGACUCCACUAUGCCUAACCCGUACCCUAACCAUAACCAGUGCUGACCUAUUCCUAACCCUAACCUUAACUGAAACUUCCUCUAACUGGUGUAGUAAGCUUCUGGUAAACUUCUAAAAAAAGUGAGGACCAAAAAAUGUCCUCUUGUUGGGAAAAUGGUCAAAUGGUCCUCAGUAUGUAGUAUGUAGAAGGACACACACACACGCAAACACACACCUGCGUAGACCUGAUAAGCCUCAUUCAUGCCAGGUGAGCAGCAGCACCAUGGGGAUACUUUCUCACCUCCUUUUGCUUUCACAGGCAGCACCGCCGGCCCAGACCCCCCCCCCCCCCCCCCCCCCCACACACACACACACACACCCACACACACACACACACACAGCUUUUGCUACUUAUCUGUAUAGAAUGUAGUUUGUACAAAACUUUUUUAGCCCUUUUCUGUCAGGCUUACCCUACAUUUUUACAGCUUUUCCUGUCUGACUAAUUUUAUUUUAAAAAUAUUUAUCUAUCUAUAUACAUGUGUGUGUGUGUGUGUGUGUGUGUGUGUGUGUGUGUGUGUGUGUGUGUGUGUGUGUGUGUGUGUGUGUGUGUGUGUGUGUGUGUGAUUUGAGUUGUCAUAGUUCUAAGCUCUUGUUUGUGGUUAGUUUGAAAGGUGCUGCCUGGAAAACAACAGAAGGAAGCUCGUGUUGUCGUCAUAUGGCCUUACACACUCAGAGUAUUGUGAUUUAGUCUGAUCCAGAGAAGGAAAACACACACACAUACACACACACAUCUCUAUGACCAGACACUUGUUCAACCUUCAGUAUCCUAAAGGCUUUGGGAAUUAUUUUACUAGCACCUUGUGACGUGUUUGUGUGUCAGUGAUGUAAUUUAUUAAUGUUUGUAGUUUUUAUACUCGUAGAGGGUCAAUCUGUGAGACGACCCUUUAACUUUACCCCGUGUGUGUGUGUGUGUGUGCAUGUGUGUGUGUGCGCGUGUGCGUGCGUGUGUGUGUGUGUGUGUGUGCGUGCGUGUGUGUGUGCAUGUGUGUGUGUGCGCGUGUGUGUGUGUGUGUGUGUGCGCGCGUGCGUGUGUGUGUGUGUGUGUUUAAGAGGCAUCACAAACACACCCGUUUAUCCUCUCCAGCUGUGUUUUUGCCUCCAUGACUCUUAUUUGAUUUUUUAUCGGAUCGGGACGUUUUAAACACAAUCUGCUCGGCAGCGGUGAGGUUUCGUUUCAGAUCAAACUGUUGCUUCAGGUUUUUAUUUGUACAGUUUGUGUUGCUUUGUUGUGAUUUAUUUUUGUAUGUCCGACUCAUUAAACGCAUCCACUGUGCCACAGCAGUGAAUGGGA